GGAGUCGGGCGUUCAGGGCUGCAGGGGGAGCUCUGUGCGCGUCCGGCUCUGCCUGUGUCCUGCAGCUGCUCGGCCAUGGGCACUCGCCUGCGGCUUGCCGCGCUCGGGGGGACGGCGCUGGCCGUGGCGGGCGGCGCGGUCGUGGCGGCCUGGGCCUGGGCCCGCCUGCGGAGACGAGCAGCGCCGCUCGCCGCCCGCCCUGCCGCUGUCGUCGUCGCCGCCGCCGAUCAGGGUAGAGGACACAGCAAGCAGAUACUGGUGCUGGGCCUGGAUGGGGCUGGGAAGACCAGCGUUCUCCACUCCCUGGCAACUAACCAUGUGAAGCGCAGUGUGGCUCCCACCGAGGGCUUCAAUGCCAUCUGCAUCAACACUGAGGAGUCCCAGCUGGAAUUCCUGGAGAUUGGGGGCGGUGAGUCUCUGCGUUCCUACUGGAAGAUGUAUCUCCCCAAAGUGCUGCUGUUAGUCUAUGUUGUGGACUCGGCUGAUCAUGCCCGACUGCCUAUGGCGAAACAGCUGCUUCAUCAACUGAUCCAGAACAACUCCACCCUGCCGGUGGUGGUUCUAGCCAACAAGCAGGACCUUGAAGGAGCCUAUUGCAUCACCGAUAUCCACGAUGCUCUGGCACUGUCUGAUAUUGGGGAUGAGAGGAAGAUGUUCUUGAUUGGUACCCAUGUGGCAGAAGAUGGCUCUGAGAUCUCCUCCAGUAUGAAGGAUGCCAAGGAGCUGAUAGCACAGCUGGUUUUGGAAUCACAGUGACAGCACUUUUCCUGCAAUGUGGCACUGUUAGUUGAGGGAGAGGAGGUGUUAGUGUAUGGUCAGUUUGCUCUGUGGCAACUGAAAUGUAGAGGUAUCUUUUCCUUGUGGGUGUGAAAUUCCUCUGAAAAUGAUAUGUAGCUGGUGAGAAAAUCUAAUUUAUAGUGGUUUGAAAGUACAUUUGAAAAGUAGUCUAUUUUUUAGUGUAUUUGUAGGGGAAAGUUAAUCUCUUGGACAGCAGAGUUAAGGGGAUAUAUAGCUUAGGUGGGUGGUGAUAGCUUCUUGUCAGGUGGAAAUCAGUCUUGUCAGGACUUUAGUGAACACAACUGUAUCCAGUGAAUUUAACCUGGCUUGAUGUCUCAGGAUUAAAUGGAAAUGUUUAUUUCACGAGUUUUACAGAACGCUCUUAACAGUGUUGUUCUGUUAAAGAUGAGACCUCACUUCUUGAUGAUGUCAGAAACCUGAGGUGCUGCUUGUGACUAGUAUUUUUGACAGUGACAAUUUUUGUUGUUGCUUUAUCAGAGGCAGCUUUCCAGAGAGUGGCAAACUGACCUCUGGAAAUUGGGUUUGUUACUGCUGCUUAAGUGGGUAAGAACAAGACAAUGAAAGCAGUAAGACAUUAUUUCUGUGUCUACAGAGGAAAA